UGAAGGUAACACAAGAUGAAGAAAGCCCUGGAAACACUGCUACAGUGUGCUGGGGAGGAGGACUGGGUGGACAGCCGCACUAUCUACGUGGGACACAAGGAGCCCCCACUCGGCGCUGAGGCCUACAUUCCACAGAGAUACCCCGACAACAGGAUCGUCUCCUCCAAGUACACAUUUUGGAACUUCAUACCUAAGAACUUAUUUGAGCAAUUCAGAAGGAUCGCCAACUUCUACUUCCUCAUCAUAUUUCUGGUACAGCUGAUCAUUGACACGCCCACCAGCCCAGUGACCAGUGGACUCCCGCUCUUCUUCGUCAUCACCGUCACGGCCAUCAAGCAGGGGUAUGAAGACUGGCUCCGCCACAAAGCUGACAGUGCCAUGAACCAGUGCCCUGUGCACUUCAUCCAGCACGGCAAGCUGGUGCGCAAGCAGAGCCGCAAGCUGAGGGUGGGGGACAUCGUCAUGGUCAAGGAGGACGAGACCUUUCCCUGUGACUUGAUCUUCCUGUCCAGCAACCGGGGCGAUGGGACCUGCCACGUGACCACUGCCAGCUUGGACGGAGAGUCUAGCCAUAAGACGCACUAUGCUGUCCAGGACACCAAAGGCUUCCACACCGAGGAGGACAUCGACGCCCUGCAUGCCACCAUCGAGUGCGAGCAACCGCAGCCCGAUCUCUAUAAGUUUGUUGGACGCAUCAAUGUUUACAACGACCUCAGCGACCCUGUGGUGAGGCCGCUGGGGUCGGAGAACCUGCUGCUGCGAGGAGCCACCCUCAAGAACACCGAGCGGAUCUUCGGGGUGGCCAUCUACACGGGAAUGGAGACCAAGAUGGCCUUGAACUACCAGUCUAAGUCCCAGAAGCGAUCUGCUGUGGAGAAGUCCAUGAAUGUGUUCCUAGUCGUGUACCUCUGCAUCCUCAUCAGCAAGGCGCUGGUCAACACCAUCCUCAAGUACGUGUGGCAGAGUGAGCCCUUCCGCGACGAGCCGUGGUACAACCAGAAAACGGAGUCCGAGAGACAGAGAAACCUGUUUCUCAGAGCCUUCACCGACUUCCUGGCCUUCAUGGUCCUCUUCAACUACAUCAUCCCAGUGUCCAUGUAUGUCACAGUGGAGAUGCAGAAGUUCCUGGGCUCCUACUUCAUCACCUGGGAUGAGGACAUGUUUGAUGAGGAGAGCGGGGAGGGGCCGCUUGUCAACACAUCGGACCUGAAUGAAGAGCUGGGUCAGGUGGAGUACAUCUUCACUGACAAGACGGGCACCCUCACCGAGAACAACAUGGCUUUCAAGGAGUGCUGCAUCGAGGGCCACGUGUACGUGCCGCACGCCAUCUGCAACGGGCAGGUGCUGCCCGACUCCUCAGGCAUUGACAUGAUCGACUCGUCCCCAGGCAUCAGCAGCAGGGAGCGAGAGGAGCUGUUCUUCCGGGCUCUCUGUCUCUGCCACACAGUCCAGGUGAAGGAUGAGGACCAUGUGGACGGCCCCAGGAAGUCACCGGACUCAGGCAAAUCCUGUGUGUACAUCUCAUCCUCACCUGACGAAGUUGCGCUGGUGGAGGGUGUACAGAGGCUGGGCUUCACAUACCUGCGGCUGAAGGACAGCUACAUGGAGAUCCUGAACAGGGAUGGGGACAUUGAGAGGUUCGAGCUGCUGGAAGUUCUGAGUUUUGACUCUGUGAGGAGGAGGAUGAGCGUAAUUGUCAGGUCCACCACAGGGGAAAUUUAUCUGUUUUGCAAAGGAGCAGAUUCCUCCAUCUUCCCCCGAGUGAUUGAAGGCAAAGUGGAUCAGAUCCGGUCCCGCGUGGAGCGCAACGCCGUGGAGGGGCUCCGCACGCUGUGUGUGGCCUACAAGAGGCUUGUUCCCGAGGACUACGAGGGCGUCUGCGGGCUGCUGCAGGCUGCCAAGGUGGCGCUCCAGGACCGGGAGAAGAAGCUAGCUGAGGCCUAUGAGCAGAUAGAGAAGGACCUCAUUCUGCUCGGCGCGACGGCUGUAGAGGACCGACUCCAGGAGAAAGCUGCAGACACCAUUGAGGCGCUACAGAAAGCGGGUAUCAAAGUCUGGGUGCUCACUGGGGACAAGAUGGAGACCGCAGCGGCCACCUGCUAUGCCUGCAGGCUCUUCCGCAGGGGCACGCAGCUGCUGGAGCUGACCACCAAGAGGAUUGAGGAGCAGAGUCUGCAUGAUGUGCUCUUCGAGCUCAGCAAGACUGUGCUGCGCUGCAGCGGGAGCCUGACCAGGGACCACUUCUCGGGGCUUUCUACAGACAUGCAUGACUAUGGGCUCAUCAUCGAUGGGGCAGCCCUGUCCUUGAUCAUGAAGCCCCGAGAAGACGGGAGCUCUGCCAACUACCGCGAGCUUUUCCUGGACAUCUGCCGGAACUGCAGCGCUGUGCUGUGCUGCCGGAUGGCACCCCUGCAGAAGGCCCAGAUUGUUAAAUUAAUCAAACUUUCCAAAGAGCACCCAAUCACACUGGCUAUCGGCGACGGCGCCAAUGACGUCAGCAUGAUUCUGGAGGCCCACGUGGGCAUAGGUGUCAUUGGGAAGGAGGGCCGGCAGGCCGCCAGGAACAGUGACUAUGCAAUCCCGAAAUUCAAGCACUUGAAGAAGAUGCUUCUUGUCCACGGGCAUUUUUAUUACAUCAGGAUAUCUGAGCUUGUGCAAUACUUCUUUUAUAAGAACGUCUGCUUCAUUUUCCCCCAGUUUUUAUACCAGUUCUUCUGUGGGUUUUCGCAACAGACUUUGUACGACACUGCGUACCUGACCCUCUACAACAUCAGCUUCACCUCCCUCCCUAUCCUGCUCUACAGCCUGAUGGAGCAGCAUGUGGGCGUGGAUGUGCUCAAGAGGGACCCAUCCCUGUACAGGGACAUCGCCAAGAACGCACUGCUUCGCUGGCGGGUGUUCGUCUACUGGACGCUCCUGGGGCUGUUCGACGCCUUGGUCUUCUUCUUUGGUGCCUAUUUCAUGUUUGAAGACACAGCUGUGACCAGCACUGGGCAGAUGUUUGGGAACUGGACCUUUGGGACGCUGGUGUUCACUGUGAUGGUAUUCACGGUCACACUGAAGCUUGCGCUGGACACACACUACUGGACGUGGAUAAACCACUUUGUCACCUGGGGGUCGCUGCUCUUCUACGUCAUCUUCUCCCUGCUGUGGGGAGGCAUCAUUUGGCCGUUCCUCAGUUACCAGAGGAUGUACUACGUGUUCAUACACAUGCUGUCCUGCGCGCCCGCCUGGCUCGGCAUCAGCCUGCUGAUCACCGUCAGCCUGCUCCCCGACAUCCUCAAGAAGGUCCUGUGCAGGCAGCUGUGGCCCACGGCGACAGAGAGAACCCAGAACACGCGGCGUGCAGACGGCAGUCCAGAGCUCAGCCCGCCUGCCUCUCUGCAGAGCCCAGGUGCUCUGGACCCCAGGCCUGCAGCCGCCCCGCGUGGCCCCCCAUCCAGGAAGGGGCCACAUGUGCUCUGGGGGAGCGAGGAGUAUGCUGUGUCCCUGCCAGUCCAGGCCUCACCCGUCGCUGCCGCAGCUCCUGCAUUCUGUCAGGACACAACCACAUGAUGGACAGAUGGACAGAUGGACGGAGGGUGCCCAGGCAGCCCUGGGGCAUGUGGGCAUGUGCCUGCCUCAUCUGUGAGGAUGGGUGCCACUGUGAUCUUGCUUGCUGGCCCCUACUGGGUUCUGGGACAGGACCUUAUGCCAGGCCCACCCAAGCGCCCACUUUCCUGACCUCCAGGUCUGCUGUUACUGCGCAGAAAAGCCUAUCCCUGGCCACAGCCUGUGGCUGCCCAGUGGCCAACCCACCCGUUGCCCACCACGAGACCUGCCACGCCCUGUGCCCAGCACCCCUUCUGUGCCUCCCUCGUACAGAACUGUGCAGUCUGGGAAGUGAGCACCUCAGGCCUUCGGCCACAUCCAUCCCUGGCCUGUGGCUGCGCUCUGCCCAUGUGUGAUUCCCCCGUGGGGUGCCUCUCUUCUGCUGAGGAGAGGCUGCCAUUGCAUGCCAGAGCCUUGGAGGGUUCAGGUCCCCUCUCACGUCCCCCACUGCCCUGUGGAGGGGACUGUGUCCACAGUAGCCAGGCCACUGCAGGAUCCUUGUGGUGUCUGGGACAGACGUCAGCUCACCUGCCUGGGAUGGGAAGUGUUUGUUCUUCCAGUGAUGGGCCAGGGCGAGGCACUAGAGCAGAUCUUUGGCAGUAGUGAGGCUGGCUUUGUCCUCACUGUGAGAUGAUCCCUCCCCUGGGACUGUCUCAGGCUAAUGUGGGCCCCAGGUCCACUGCAGUCUGCAGCUCAGCCUCAUCUGCAUAAACCCCCGCAGGCCUCAUCUCCUGGGCCUCUCCCAGCUCAGGGUUUGUCCAGGUCUCCCAAGUGGACAGGCUGUCAGAGGCUGCUGUGCUGUGAGUUUCCAGGACUUUCACCCUGGGUCUCUCCUCCCGGAGGGAUCUAUGUGUUGUAGCCUUAAUGGUCCCGGUCUAGGGAAGACGUUUCAGCUCAAGGUCCCACCCUCAGCCAGGAGCACAGGGCUCUGCUGAAGACCCUCCACCAGCAGCUGGAGAAGCCAGUUCUGAGCUGCUGUCGUCAGGCUGGGAAGCCAGGCCAGCCAGGCCAGGGUGUGGCGUGCUCCCAGGGUAGUGUUGGAGACUAGACUGCUGGGUGACGCAGGGCAGCCUCUGAGCCUGGCUAUGUGGAGACAGGUCGUUGGCCCAGCCCAGGGCUGGAGGAGCAGCAGGUGGCAAGUGCAGGGCUUGUGGCCCAGGGGAAUGUGAGCACAGAACCGGAUGGGUCCCAGCUGGCUGGGAGGAGGCAGGAGGAGGAUGCCUGUCUUUCAGGCUGCCUCCGUUCCCACUCGUUCCUCCGUGCCCCCCUGCCUAGCCGCCGGCCCCACAAUGUGGACCCCACACAUGUGGUGCCUGUUCCGGCCGGCCCACACUGACCUGCAGGUGACGGCGGGCACUCUCACAGCCCUUUUUAAGAACCCAAAGUGGGUACAAAUGUAAGAGCUGGGGGGCGGGGACAGAUUCUCCGUAUGUUUAGUUAACAGAUUAUUUGUAAUGUAUUUUUUUAGAAAUCAAAAUUGCCUUUGCACUGAA